UUGCGCCAAUUAACAACUCAAAAGAAAAGUGAAAACCAAUCUCCAUAAACCUCUUAUCUCCCCCACUCUCAGCUGCAUCUCCAACGGUUGCAUCCCUCAUUUUCUUGCAAAUGUUAGCUCUACUCUCUCUCGUCCUCUCAAUCUUGCUUCACUGCACCAAUAUUGUUGUAGUGACUUCUUUAAACGAUGAAGGCAUAGCUCUGUUUUCAUUCAAGCAAUCCAUUGAUUCAGACCCUCAAAGCUCACUCACCAACUGGAAUUAUUCCGACCAAACCCCAUGCUCAUGGAAUGGCAUCACAUGCAAACAACACAGAGUUGUUUCCAUUAGCAUUCCCAACAAGAAACUCUCUGGUUCUCUCUCUCCCUCUCUCGGCUCUCUCUCCGAGCUCCGCCAUCUCAACUUGAGGAGCAAUAGGCUUCAUGGGGCCUUGCCCUCUCAUCUCUUUAACGCUCCUGCUCUGCAAAGUUUGGUUCUUUAUGGGAAUUCCUUUUCUGGGCCUCUCCCUUUUGAGGUUGGAAACCUUGUAUCACUUCAAAGUUUAGAUUUUUCGAACAAUUUGUUAAGUGGGUCGUUUCCGUUGGCGUUGCUUCAGUGCAAGAGGUUGAGGUAUCUUGAUUUCAGUCAUAAUAAUUUUAGUGGGGUUUUGCCUUUUGGGAUUGGGGGGAACUUGGUUUUGUUGGAGAAGCUUUAUCUUUCUUAUAAUGCAUUUGGUGGUGUGAUUCCUGAUGAUUUAGGGUCUUUGUCUAAUUUGAUAGGAACCGUUGAUUUGUCUCAUAAUCUGUUCAACGGUUCGAUUCCGGCUAGUCUUGGAAAUCUGCCUGAGAAAGUUUACAUUGAUCUAACAUACAACAAUUUAACUGGUCCAGUUCCACAAAAUGGUGCUUUGGUGAAUAGAGGGCCAACUGCAUUUGUUGGGAAUCCUGGUCUCUGUGGCCCUCCUCUCAAGAACCCUUGUUCUUCGAGUAAUGAGGCGAAUCCGCCCUCCUCAUUGCCAUACUUUCCCUAUAACUACCCUGUCCAAGAUGGGGAGAGUGUUGGGAAAGUUGAUGGAGAGAAGGGGCUGAGUAAAGCAACUGUAGCUGCCAUUGUUGUGAGUGAUGCUGUUGGCAUUUGUGUGAUAGGAUUUUUACUCUCUUAUUGUUACACGAGAUAUGCGAAGAUGAGGAGAGACCGGGCUAAUGGCGGUGAGAAGGGGGGUGGAGGUAGGAAGCAGUGUUCAUGCUUCCUGGGGGAAGAGUCAGACUCUUUAUCUGAAAAUGCAGAGAAGUAUGAUCUAGUGCAUUUGGAUGCAGAGGUGGUUUUUGACCUGGACGAGCUUUUGAAGGCGUCUGCAUUCGUUCUUGGCAAGACCGGGAUCGGGAUUGUGUACAAAGUUGUGCUUGAUGAUGGCCUUACCUUGGCUGUUAGAAGGCUAGGGGAAGGAGGCUCACAGAGGUUUAAGGAAUUCCAAAGUGAAGUUGAAGCAAUUGCAAAGCUACGACAUCCAAAUUUAGUAACUCUUCGAGCUUAUUAUUGGUCAGUUGAUGAGAAGUUACUCAUCUAUGACUUCUUACCAAAUGGGAAUCUCACUGCAGCCAUCCAUGGGAACAAUCCUCUUCCAUGGUGUAUGAGAUUGAAGAUCAUGAGAGGAGUUGCAAAAGGCCUAGUUUAUCUACAUGAAUGCAGUCCCAAGAAAUAUGUCCACGGUGAUCUAAAGCCAUCAAGCAUACUACUCGACCACAAGAUGGAGGCGAAGAUCUCUGAUUUUGGCCUCGGCCACCUUGCUCACAUAGCCGGUGGGGUGGGUACGGAGAAGCACCACCACCACCACCAAAGGCAGGGGAGCUAUGUGUCUUCGGAGGUUGUCCCAACUUGGGCCUCUCCUGCAGCCUCCUAUCGGGCUCCUGAGGCCGCGAAGGUGGUGAAGGCGUCCCAAAAAUGGGACGUCUUCUCGUAUGGGAUGAUACUGUUGGAAGUUGUGACUGGGAGAUCAGUGGUGGAUCUUGUGAAUUGGGUGCAGCUAUGCAUUGAAGAGAAGAGGCCUCUCUCAGAAAUAUUGGAUUUGCAUUUAAUUCAAGAAAAUGGUGGUAGAAGAGAAGAGGAAGAGAUGAUUGGUGUGCUGAAGAUUGCAGUGUUGUGCACACAUUGUAGCCCUGACAGGAGGCCUUCAAUGAGGCAUGUUUUCGAUGCUUUGGAAAGAGACUCCCACUUUCCCGUGAUUAAAAGUUCGUUCGAGCCGGUUUAGCAAAAUUGGCCGUGUUGGUUUGUGAGUUAAGCGGCGUAUUUGUUUUAUUGUUAUUUUUUUGGUAUUUUGGUUGUGCGAUGCUGCAUUGGUGAAAUUAUUCAUUUGUAACAUACGAAUCUGAUUAAAUUAUUGCAUUGUUUUGGUAUUGGAGAUGUA